CCUAACUACUUCCACCCUCCUCCAGCUAGCCCUGCCUGCUUGCCGGGCGGGCUGCCUUCCCAGCGUGCUGGGGACCGGGACCGGCGGACGGGAACGCACAGAAAGCUCUCGCGGUACUUUUUUUCUUAAAAAAGCAAAAAAAAAAAAAAGAGCCAUUAUCUGUCCUAGCCUUAAUUUCCCUGAUGGAACCCAGUGCUGUGAUUGCAAGCUAAGCCAGCGUGGGUGCCCAAGCCCAUUUUUGAUUUUCAAAACAGCUAUUUGUCUCAGCUUCAGCUUACUCCUUGGAAGACGAUCUAAUUAAUAUUUGGCUUUAGUAUUCAUGACUGUCGAGGUGAGAUUGCGGUCGUACAGUGGAUAGGUCAUACAAUCUCAAAGAACAUAUUCCUCCUUAAAAGUGGGUCCUAGAAAUUCCUUUUCAGAAGGGGCGUGUGACAGGUGUACGUCGCUUUGAACCCUUGCGUACGAACACGUCCAGAAACUGCAUCUUCCCAUCGAAUGGUGUCUCGGCUCCCUUUCUCAUAUAGAAGUUGGUCAUGAAGUGACCCCUUCUCCAGCUAAGCAUAGAGCCAAGAUGGACGAUAUUGUGGUUGUAGCUCAAGGCUCCCAGGCCUCAAGGAACGUCAGCAACGAUCCUGAUGUCAUCAAGUUGCAAGAGAUUCCAACCUUCCAGCCACUCUUGAAAGGGCUGUUGAGUGGCCAGACUUCCCCAACAAACACCAAACUGGAGAAACUGGAUUCUCAGCAAGUGCUGCAGCUCUGUCUCCGCUAUCAGGACCACCUCCAUCAGUGCGCCGAGGCCGUUGCUUUUGAUCAGAACGCUUUGGUGAAACGAAUCAAAGAGAUGGAUCUGUCUGUAGAAACCCUCUUUAGCUUCAUGCAGGAGCGCCAGAAAAGGUACGCCAAAUACGCCGAGCAGAUCCAAAAGGUCAACGAGAUGUCAGCCAUCCUGCGUCGCAUCCAGAUGGGCAUAGACCAAACGGUACCACUGCUGGAGCGGCUCAACAGCCUGCUGCCCGAGGCCGAGCGCCUGGAGCCCUUCAGCGUGAAGCCCGACCGCGAGCUCAGGCUGUAGCCACGUCCCCCAGCACCGCCAGGGCUCCGGGCCUUGGGAAUCAGAGACACAGGAGGUGACCUAGGUCAGGGGAGUGUGGUGCUCCCUGAGGGCACGGGAGGCAGUCCGUUGCCCUGGAGACCUGUGAUGCCCCAGCUCUCCCCUUGACGCACUUUCCCCUGCAAAGCCAACCAACCUGCCCUCCCUGGUCUCUGAAGUGGGAAUAUUUGAACUCUUAGGAAUUCUCUACAGAACCCUGCCUUGGGAAUUAUUAUUUUUUAAUUUAGUUUGCUUUUUUUUAAAUUGACAAUGUAUAUUAUCUAAUCUAGCUUGCAGACUGAAACUAUGAAGAGAAGGGGGAAGAGGAUUUGAGGAAGCCCUGUGUCCCUGAUGCCUUUGUGACAUUUUUCUCCAUAGGCUGUCCGGGUUGUAAAGAUAAAGAACUAACUUAA